AUGAGAUACGCCCUGAAGGAGAUCAAUGAAAAUCCAGAUGUCCUCCUCAACAUAACUCUUGGUUUUCAAGCAUACGAUUCUUGUGACGAUCUAAAGACUGACUUAGAAGGGACUCUACAAAUAGUGACGGGAUAUGACAGAGCUAUCCCCAAUUACAGAUGUCUUGGGCAUGUUCCUCUCAGCUCCAUAAUUGGACCUGCUAAGUCCACUCAUUCAAUCCUCCUGGCUCACAUUUUAGGCGUCUAUAAUUAUCCGCAGAUCAGUCAUUUCUCAACCAGUGCCCUGCUGAGCGACCGGACUCAGUUUCCCUCGUUCUUCAGGACCGUCCCCAGCGAUACCUUCCAAUCUAAGGGACUUGCUCAUCUAGUGUUGCAUUUGGGUUGGACCUGGAUUGGACUAUUAGCUGUAGACAAUGAUUAUGGCCGGCAGGGAAUUCAGCUAGUCAGACAAGAGAUAAUCAAGGCUGGAGCGUGCGUGGCCUUCAGUGAGAACAUACUUACAAACCAUCCAGAUCACAAUGCUCCUCAUAUAGUCAAAGUGAUGAAGGCAUCAACAGCCAAGGUUAUAGUUAUCUAUGCAGCUGAUAUUGAAUUGCUUCCCAUUCUGGAUGAGAUGUUGAGACAGAAUGUGACACAGAAGACAUUAGUGGCCAGUGAAGCUUGGUCCACAUCCACCCUACGCUCCCUGGGAAAAUUUUCCACUCUCCUCUCUGGAACAAUAGGUCUAACCCUCCACAGUGGGACAAUUCCAGGACUAAGGGAGUUCCUCAACAAGAUCCAUCCUUCUAUCUCAUCGGGAAGAGAUUGGGUAAAGAUAUUUUGGGAGUUAGCAUUCAGCUGCAGAUUUGCUACUGGCACAAACCAAACAGGUGAUUUGGCUUCUUCUGUAAAAGAAUGCACUGGAUCGGAAGUCCUUGAUGACACAGAGAAUAGUUUCAACGACGUAUCUAGUUUAAGAGCCACUUAUAGUGUCUACACCGCAGUACAGGUUGUGGCCCAAGCUUUGGAAAAUCUAAAAAACUGCAAAGAUGGGGAAGGUCCGUUCCACAAAGGAUCAUGUGCAAGCAUUUGGAAUUUCAAGCCAUGGCAGCUGCUGUACUAUAUAAAGAAGGCGAGAGUCGCAUUGAGCAGUGGCCGGCAAAUCUACUUUGACAGAAAUGGAGACCCUCCUGCAGUCUAUGACAUCGUGAACUGGCAGCUGAACCCAAGUGGGGGCAUAAGAUACGUUAAGGUUGGCCGGUAUGACAUGGCCUCCACCCAAAUCUUCACUAUCAACACAAGUGCCGUGGUGUGGAAUUCUGGAGAUCGACAGGUCCCUGUCUCGGUCUGCAGUCAGAGCUGUCCUCCUGGUUUCUGGAAGGCAGCUAAAAGGGGAGAACCUGUCUGCUGCUUCCAGUGUCUUCCUUGUCCUCAUGGGGAGAUCUCUAACAGCACAGACUCAACCGAAUGUAUUAAAUGUCCAUGGGACACAUGGCCAAAUCCGGAGAAAUCUAUAUGUCUCCAAAAACCCGUAGAGUAUCUGUCCUAUGAAGACCCACUGGGCAGAACGCUGUCUUCUACAAGUAUUGUGUCCUCUUUGGUUCCAUUUUUUGUUUUGAAGCUCUUCAUACAGUUCAGGACAACACCCAUCGUAAAAGCCAACAACUACUCCCUCAGUUGUCUUCUCCUGGUGUCUCUGUCCUUCUGCUUCCUCUGCUCCUUGUCAUUUAUUGGUUAUCCCCAACCAGAAACAUGUCUGCUGCGCCAAGUUGCAUUUGGAGUGGUGUUUACGAUCUGCAUUUCUUGCAUCUUGGCCAAAACAAUCCUGGUGGUUUUAGCCUUCAUGGCUACCAAACCUGGUAGUGCUCUUCAAAAGUGGACAAGUCCUUUAGUGUCCUACAUGAUCAUUUCUAUCUGCUCUCUUCUCCAGUUUAUUUUGUGCAUUGUUUGGUUGUCCAUUGCGCCUCCCUUUCCAGUACAGGACCCUCAACCCAGAGUUAUCAUUCUCGACUGUAAUCAAGGCUCACCCACAGCUUUCUGGAGCAUGCUGGGGUAUCUUGGUCUCCUGGCCUCCAUCAGUUUCAUUGUUGCUUUCCUGGCCAGGGGACUUCCAGAUAGCUUCAAUGAGGCCAAGUUUAUCACAUUCAGCAUGUUGGCCUUCCUCAGUGUCUGGGUGUCUUUUAUCCCAGCUUCCCUCAGUGCUCAGGGCAGGUACAUUGUGGCCAUGGAAAUAUUUGCCAUCCUGGCUUCGAGCUGGGCUCUUCUUGCCUGCAUGUUUGCUCCAAAAUGUUUUAUUAUAUUAUGCAGACGCAGUACGAACUCUAGAGACAACCUGAUCAAGAAAUUCCAGAAUUCAUCUGAAUAG